GUUUUCACAAAACCAAAAAUCUAACGGUUAAAUUUGAUAAAAAAAUAAAAUCUUUCUGUACCAAACAGACAACUUGCGGAACAGAAAAAUACAACAAGAUUCGAGAAAAGAAAGGAAGAAAAAGGCUUUCAUUUCAAAACCCUAGAGCUCAAUUAGAUCUCACCGGCAUGAAUCGCCGGUGAAGUUGUACUAUAUACAGAGAAAGAUUCGUAAGGGAUUUUUGAAUCAUGUAUAGAGAGAGAGGCACGGUUGGUUCUAGACCGGAGGUCGCGGAUCGCAAACGGAUCAACCAAGCUCUUGAACGACCUUCUCCGUCCACGUCUCUUCAAGCUAACGGCAAAGGAAAAGGAACCGUUACGGCGACGGCGCUCUCCGUGAAGCAACCGCAUGACCAUCGAGAUUCGCGUUCUGCUUCUCUCUCCAAGAAUAACGUUUCAGACGAUGAAUCAGACACUGAAAGUGAAGAAGAAUCUGAUGUCAGUGGUUCAGACACCUCAUGGAUAUCUUGGUUCUGCAAUCUUAAGGGAAACGAGUUCUUCUGUGAGGUUGAUGAUGAUUACAUCCAAGAUGACUUCAACUUGUGUGGACUCAGCAGUGUAGUCCCGUACUACGAGUACGCUCUUGAUUUGAUUUUGGAUGUAGAGUCUUCUCAUGGAGAGAUGUUUACAGAGGAACAGAAUGAGUUGAUUGAGUCAGCUGCGGAGAUGCUUUAUGGACUUGUUCACGCUCGUUAUAUCUUGACAACCAAAGGCUUGGCUGCAAUGUUAGAUAAAUACAAAAACUACGACUUUGGAAGGUGUCCUAGAGUUUAUUGCUGUGGCCAACCUUGUCUUCCUGUUGGUCAAUCGGAUUUGCCGAGAUCAAGCACGGUGAAGAUAUAUUGCCCUAAAUGCCAAGACAUUUACUACCCACGUUCAAAGUAUCAAGGCAACAUUGAUGGAGCUUACUUUGGGACAACGUUUCCACAUCUGUUCUUGAUGACAUAUGGAAAUCUCAAGCCACCAAAAGCAACACAAAACUAUGUUCCAAGAGUUUUUGGUUUCAAAUUACACAAGCCGUGAGUGAAAUUUCAAGAUAAAACAGGCAAGGGAAUGAAGAUCAUGGCUUGCGAUUGUAAAAGCGAAACAAGGAGCAUUUGUAAUCACCAAAGGUGAAGAAGCAACAAUGUCUUUGUUUGUCAUCAGGUAUAUAUACACAUUAGAAGCAAGCCAAAAAAACCUUUUGAUGUUAAAUUCUGAACUUGUAUUUCCUACGUUUAGUAAUUUUCUUUUUCUUUUGUUUUGUUUAUUCCCUCAUUGUCAGAUGAUAUCAGUCAGUUCAAUCAUAUAUUAAAAACUGUUCCUGUUUAGCCA